AUGUCUAUAAUAUAUGCAAUUAUAGCAAGAGGAAAAGAUACAACUUUAAUAGAAUACACAACAGCUUCCGGUUCUUUUCCACAAAUUUCUAGAGAUUUAGUCAAAAAUAUUCAAAAAGAUACUAAAAUGACUAUAGCAUAUAAUGAUAAAUACUAUUUCCAUUAUAUAAACGAGAAUAAUUUUACCUAUAUGUGUUUAACAGAAAGUACUUUUUCUAAAAGAAAUGCAUUCGGAUUUUUAUAUGAAUUAUAAGAAAAAUUUUGUGAUACAUUUACUUAUGAUUAAAGGACUGUGGCAAUAAAUUAUUCAUUAAAUAAUUAAUUUGCGGAUAUAAUUAAAAAAUUAAUGAAUUAGUAUAGUUCUGAUUUAGAAAAUGAUAAAAUUUCAAAAUUAAAGAAUAGUGUAAAUGAAAUAAAAAGCAUAAUAGUAGAAAAUGUAGACAAACUAAUUGACAGAUAAAAUAGAAUUGAAUUACUUGUAAGAACAACUUCGUAAAUGAAUAUUACAGCUACAAAUAUUAAAUAAUAAGCUUGUUAAUUAAGAAGAGAAACUUAUUGGAAAACUAUGAAAGUAAAAAUUAUGAUUGGUGCAGCAGCAAUUGUCGGAACAAUAGGAUUUUUCACAUUAAUUUGA